GAAGCUUUUGCAAAACAAAGAUGGCUGACGUUUUUGUGUUUAAUAGGAGUAAAAUUGAACUGUUUUAAGUUUUGCAUUAAUGUGUAAUUAAAACUAAUUUAUUUUAAUAAUUUUUGCAACAAGUUUUAUUUUUAUAUUUAAAACAAUUAAGAUUGAAAAUAAAAUGUUGGACUAAGUUCUUGAACGUCAUAAGGUUCGGUAGGGAGUGAGGAGUCAAUUGAUGAAUGUGCGGUUAGCCUUAGGUCGUGAGUGAUGUCUUUUCCACCUCGGCCGCCGAUGGUACCAUAUGGAAUUGCCCCAGGGGUAGUCACAAUGCAAAUGCCUACACAUGUGAUGGUGGGGGCGUACGGCAGCGGGACAGUGGCAGGUCGUGGUGCCCUGCUGCCUGCCCCAGCGGCGGGCGCAGCGGGUGCGGCGGGCGCCAAGGCUGGUCGCGGGGUUCGCACGCAAAACGGGCAGAGCGAAGGGCCGCCCGUCACGGUAUUCAUCGGCAACAUAUCUUCGCGGGCGCCCGACGCGAUGAUGCGCGCCUUGUUGAGUGCGUGUGGCGCCGUCUGCAGCUGGAAGCGCGUGAGUACGUUCGGCUUCUGCGAGUUCGCGGGCCCCGCGGCCGCGCUGCGCUGCGUGCGGCUGCUGCACGAUCGCCCUCUCGCCGAGCGCGCGCUCCUCGCCCGCGUCGACGGCAAGAUGCAGGCGCUCGUCGACACGUACAAGACGGAGCAGCGCUCGCGUCUCGUCGAGGGCGGCGCGGAGGGCGGUGCCGACGAAUACCUCGACGCCAAGCAGCGCGGCCUGGACGAUGCGGUCGAGAGGAAGAUCGCGCAGAUCUAUCACGACUACCAGGACGAGAUUAACAACUACGAGAUCCUGCAGAAAGAGGAGCAGAUCUCGAAGACGGCGCGCGUGCUAGAGGAGGCGGACAUCUCGGAAGAGAAACGGGACGUCAUCCACCGGGAGAUCGGCAAGUUUCGCGAGAGCAUGAAGCUCACUGGCUCCCCCGGCCAACCCGGCUUCCCUUCCGCGCUCGGUGUGCGGCCUCCGGGCCUCGUCCUCCGGCCGCACACCGACGUGGGAGGAGUGCGGUGUGCGAUCGUCGAGUGCGGCUCUCGCGGCGAUUGUAAGGUCCGUCUCGCGCAGGAGGAGGCCGACGUCGUGGUGCGGCGAAAGAGGGACAAGGACGACAAACCCGAAAAGGACAAGGAGAGGGACCGCGACAAAGACAGAGACAGAGACCGGGAUCGAGAGCGUGACAGGGACAGGGAGCGGGAGCGAGAGCGAGAGCGAGAUCGCGAGCGGGACAAAGAUAGAGAGAGGGACCGGGACCGCGACAAGGACAGGCGGAAAAGGAGCGUUUCCAGAGGUAAGGAACGGGACCGAGAACGGGAGGAGCGAGAGAGAGAGCGCGAGCGCGAGCGGGAGCGGGAAAGAGAACGAGAAAGGGAGAGAGAAAGAGAGGUUCGCGAGCGUGAAAGAGAGCGGGAACAGAGGGAAAGAGAGAGAGAACGCGAGCGAGAAAGAGAACGGGAACAACGGGAGCGAGAGCGGGAACGAGAGCGCGAACGGGAGCGCGAGAGAUCGCGGGACAGAGAUCGCGACAGGGAGAGGGGCCGAGGGGAGGGGGACUCCCGACGGGACAAGGAGCUGGAGGACGAGGCCCGCGACAAGAAGAGGCUGGAGAAGAAGGCGCGCGAGAAGGAAGCCGCCUAUCAGGAACGGCUCCGGAACUGGGAGGGUCGCGAGCGCCGUAAGGCGAAGGAGUACGAGCGAGACAAAGAGCGGGAGAGGUGCCGAGAGGAGGAGAGGGAGCGAGAGGCCAAGAGACUCAAGCAAUUCCUCGAGGACUACGACGACGAGCGAGACGACCACAAGUACUACAAGGGCAAGGAGCUGCAGCGGCGCCUGGGCGCGCGCGUGCGCGAGGCCGAGAGCGACGGGCGCGAGAGGCAGCGCGAGCAGGAGGAGCUGAGCGCGCUGCGGGCCGAGAUCUUCGGCGCCGCGCCGCCCGACGACCCCGUCGCGGGCGCGGCGUUCGAGCGCGCCAAGAGGGCGCACGAGGAGCGCUACCGGCCGCGCCCGCUGCUCGACGUCACGCUGCACCACGAGCUGCAGCAGGAGAGGGAGCGCCAGCGCGCCGUGCGCCGCGAGAGGGCGCGCCUCGAGGCCCGCGAGAGGCUCGCCCGGGAGCGAGACCGCUACCUGCGCGCGCAGGCCUCGCGGCAGCUGCCCACCGAGGCCGAGCCCAUCGACUCCGACUCGGACGGCGGAGUCGCGUCGGGCGCGUCGGAGAGCGGAGAGCGCGGGGCGGGCGAGGUCGGCGCCGAGACGGCGGACGACGCGGACGCCGGAGAGGCGGGCGAGGGUCGAGAGGGUGAGGGCCGGACGUCGGCGGACGAGGCCAGCGGGUCCUUGACGCCCCCGCGGCCCCCCGCCGCCCACCCCCGCAGACAUCGCCAUCGCAGGCAUCGCCGAGACACGGUCGGCCCCGACUCUAUAGAUUCCCUCGCGGUCCCGCAAAACGGAGGCAGCACCCCUCCCUCCCCCGAGCCGGCUCCCUCGCAUCGACACCACGCACACGGCGGCGGCGGCGGCGUCUCCGUGGGCGGCUCGCCCAUCUCCAUCAGUUUCAAGGGCAAAUCGCCGGGCCUCACGCCCGCCGCGCUCACGCCCGCGGCCGACAUGGGGCGAGUUCACGCGGCCUUCGCCGACGAGGACGAGCCCUCGUCGGACGCGCCUCGCCACCACCCCCACCGCAGGCACUCGUCCGGCAAGGACAAGCGCGACCGAGAGAAGCGCAAGCGAGAGAACAGCGAGAGCGAGAAGGCCGACGGGGGCGACAGGGGCGAGGAGGGCAAGAGCGCCGAGGAGAAGAGGGCGCAGGUGAAGAGCCUCAUCGACAAGAUCCCCACGCAGAAGGAGGCGCUGUUCCGGUACGAGCUCGACACGGAGCAGAUCGACGCCGCGCUCAUGGACAAGAAGAUCCGGCCCUGGAUCAACAAGAAGAUCAUCGAGUACAUCGGCGAGCCGGAGCCGACGCUCGUCGACUUCAUCUGCAGCAAAGUGCUGGCCGGCUCCGCGCCCCACACCAUCCUCGACGACGUGCAGAUGGUGCUGGACGAGGAGGCCGAGGUCUUCGUCGUCAAGAUGUGGCGCCUGCUCAUCUACGAGCUCGAGGCCAAGAAGGCCGGCCUGCACAAGGCCGCGUAGACGCCCCGAAAUGUCAAAUAAACAUUAUUACUUUAUCGA